GAAAGAGGGGCGGGAGGCAGCGAGAGCGAGAGAAGAGAGCCUACUAAAUAGCAGGCAGUCUCGCGGGCAGUUAGAUUCCGCUCACAGCUGCGGCUUCUCAGCCAAAAAGAAAGAAAAAAACAGAGUUUCAGUGGAGCUGCGGCUAAGAAGCACGUCUCGAGGAAGAGAAGAAAGAGAUUUGCCGGGGGGACGAUGGAUUCAGACUCGGGAGAGCUGAGCGAGGGGGAGAUUUCUCCAGGCCAGGAGAGCUUCAAUUCCAGGAGCCUGGCCCUGCAGGCACAGAAGAAAAUCUUGAGCAAGGUGGCCACCAUGGCAGUGGCCAAUCUCCUGACAGAUGACACAAGCAGCCAGAUACUGGACGAGCUCUAUAAAGCGACUCGUGAGUACACCAGAAGCAAGAAAGAGGCACACAAGAUCAUCAAGGAUGUUAUCAAGAUUGCUCUCAAGGUUGGCAUCCUUUACCGCAACCAUCAGUUCAGCCCAGAGGAGCUGGAGACAGUGGAUCGUUUCAAGAAGAAGAUGAACCAGGCAGCCAUGACUGCAGUCAGCUUUCACGAGGUGGACUACACCUUCGAUCGGGUUAUCCUGUCCGAGGUGUUGCUGGAGUGCAGGGACCUUCUGCACGAGUUGGUGGAACGCCACCUGACCGCCCGCUCCCACGGUCGCAUCGACCGCGUCUUCAACCACUUUGCCGAUGUGGAGUUCCUCUCCGUGCUCUAUGGUUCCGCCGAGUACAGACUUUACCUUGAGAAGAUAUGCGAGGGGAUUAACAAACUUCUGGACGAGGGCGUGCUUUGACCCAAAUGUCUCUCUUUUUGUUGACUUGCUUUGUUUUCUAUUAAG